AUGUUGAAAGGAAGAAUUCAAACAUUAGAAAUAUUGAUUUUUAUAUUUAUAGUUGGUUGUUUAAGUAUUUCCCUUGUAUCAAGGGAUAAAAUUUGGUUAAAAUUUAAUAUUGUAACAUUUGGUAAUUCGUUAACAGAUAAUGGAAAUUAUUGGGAAUUAACUAAUAAAACGAUACCAUCCCAAGAAUUUUAUUUUCAAGGAAGACAAACUAAUGGUCGUGUUUGGGUGGAAUAUUUGGCAUCUUCAUUACAUGCGAAUUUAACCGAUCUUGCUUAUCAAGGAGCUGUAACUGAUAUUGAUAUCUAUAAAAAUAGUACUACUGAUAAUAACACUGUCUCCUAUAACAAUUCUGUUCCUUCUGUUGCAGAACAAGUGAAAAGUUUUUUUCCAAAUGUAUCACAUUAUCCUCCUCAUACGUUAUAUAUUUUUUGGACUGGAAGCAAUGAUUACGCGAAUAUUUUCAAUUACAAUCUCAACAUAACACAUACAGAAAUCAUAAAUUCUCUUCUCAAUUCUAUUUCUCUUCUUUCAUCCACAAGAACUCGCAAAUUUUUAAUAUUAAAUCUUCCUCCCCUUCAUCGAACACCUCAUUACAACAACAAUGAAACUUUUUCUUCCGAAAAUCUAACCCAUUUACAAAAUUUAUUAGAAAAUUAUAAUAUUAUGUUAAAUAAAACCAUAUCAAAUUUCAUUCAAUCAAAUAAACAUAUUUUUAUUAAAGUAUUUGAUACUUGGGGACCUUUAGAAAGAAUUAUUAAUAAUCCUCAAGUUUAUGGAUUAAAAGAUGUUGAAAAUACUUGUUUAAAUAUUAGUUACGUAAGAGAAAAUGAAGAAAAUGAAGUAAAACGAGGAAUAAUAGUAAUGGCUUCAACACUUGCACCCGAAUUAUUUCGUCUUAUCCUAAAAGACUUUGAAUACAACUCAAAAGCUUUAUUCUCAUUUUCUUUGGUAUCAAGACAUUGGUGUCGGAAUGUUAUGCCUUUUUUAUGGAAACGACCUUUUAAUAUUUCAAAUCCUAAUCGUCAUUACAUCAUUAUGAAAACUUUUUUAAAAUUUUUACCUGAACAAUUUAGAAAUGAAUUAAUUCUUGAGGACGGAGAUGAGAAUAAGGAUGUGGAUAAGGAUUUAAAUGUGAAUAAGGAUUUAAAUGAGGAUAAAGACAACAAAAAAAAGAAUUUAAAUGAAGCUCCUUUAUUCGAUUAUUUAUCAUUUUUGCAAGAAAUUCGAACAGAUAUUUUAUAUAAUUUAGUUCGAGAUUUUGAAUUAAAGUAUGGUCAAAAUGUUAUUAUUGGUGAUGAUAAUGAUGAGGAUGAUUAUUAUGAUUAUGAUGAUAAAACCACUCAAAUUGAAAAUGAAGAUAAUUAUGAUGAACAUUAUUAUUUAGUUAAUGAAAUAAUUCAUGAUCACGAAUCUCAAGUUAUAAAUCUCGAAAGAAACAAUUCUAAAAUUAAACAAGGUGAACAACAAGAUGAAAAUUAUGAGAAUUGCAUUCAAGUUUGUACUUCUCGCCAUCUCGAUAGUGCUAGUAAUAGUAAUACCAUUAAUACCAUAUAUUAUCAACGUAGAAUUUUAAAUGUCAUCUAUGAACUUUUCAAAUAUCUUUUUGGAGUGAGAUCUAAUAUUUCACGUUUAAUCUUGAUGACUCCAAAAUAUGUCUUAUAUCCUGCGAUUUAUACUGUAACUCCACCAGAAAUUUCUUAUGGAAUCUCUAAAAUCAAAGAACUUGAGGUUUAUGGAAAAUUCGCUAUCGAGGAUCUUCUUUUGGGUGAUAGCGUGAUCAAAUAUUGUAAAGAUAUUGAAAAGCUUACUAUUAAAUUUUCUCCGGUGUUAGAAGAUCAUUUAACAUUAAGUAACUUGAUUGAGGCACAACGAAAUUUAAAACAUUUAUUCAUAUUUUGUCCAAAUUCUCCUUUCUUUGAAGUUCCAUCCUUAAAAAUAUCCUCACAAAGUAAAUCCCUACGUUAUGUAUCAUUACAUAGGUGUUGCUUUAGAAAUUCAUUUCCAUUGAAAGAAUUAUCAUCUUGUUCUAAAUUAGAUACUUUCAUGUUAUUCAAUUGUUUCUUUAAAGCGGAUGAGACUUCAACUUCAAAUAUUACUUUCAAAACACCAAUUAGUACAUUAAUUUUAGAUGAUUCACCUAUGCCGGAAAAUUAUUUAACAAAUAUUAUCUUGGGAGCCAAUUCUCAUCUUCUUCAUUUAACACUUCGAAUUAAUACUCACUGUUAUCCUGAUAUUUGGAAAAUUAUUAGUAUGAAUUGUCCUAAUCUUGUAACUUGCGUUUUACGUAUUUCUUCAGAAAAUAUGAUAAAAUGUAAUCAGAUCUUGGAAAAUUGUAAAGUCUUGGAAAAAUUUACCAUUAUUCCAUAUUUCGUACCAAAGAGAGGUCAAUUAGGUGAAUCGGAUUUCACUGAAUAUGAUAUGAAAAUAGGAGAAAUUUUACGUAAUUUGGGAUCUUUUAUUCCUUCAACAUUAACUGAUCUUAUAAUUGCGGAUUUACGCGUUCAACCGUUAUCUCAGCAUCAUGGUGAUUGUUUCAUUUUCACCAAUAAUGAUGUUUUACAAUUUUUAAAGAAUUGCAAAGCAACUUUAAGACAUUUGGUAUUGGAUUGUUUAGAAGAUCAUUAUUUAGAAGUACAGAAAUAUAUUCAAAAAAUUGUUGAAGAUAGAUCACAUUGGUUUAUAGUUGAUGAAGGAAUUAAUUAUGUGAGACUUCAAGUGGUUAUUCAGUGA